AUGGCUCAUGACUUUGGUUACACCCCUUGUACCCUUUUCUGGAACAAAGCCAUACCGCGGGAAGCCAUGAGCGAUGACUGUGUCAAGUUUUCUGUCUUGAGUGUCGGUGCGCUCAUGCAAUCUCUGUACCGUCUUGGUCCAAGGCCAUAUACUGGCUUGAAGCCUUCCUCGGACCUCUCUAGGGCAUCCAGCGACCCAACGUAUCGCAUCGCUCUGCAUUACCACUCAAAAUCGAUAUCUGCCUUACAAGCCCGGAUCCAGUCAAAUUUUGCCACUGUCUCUCGGCGGAAUACACUUAUCAACAUGUUCAUCCUGUUUCUCUUCGAGCUACUGCACGGGAACACCGCGACAGCUGAUCGUAUGCUCACCAGCAGCGUAGAGCUAUUACGACAGCAGAAAGAUCAAUUGGCAGAAGAAGUCAAUGAAGGGUUCGAGCCGCAGCCAGAACCUAUCUACACCGCAAUCUCCAACGAUGAGGGAUUGGACCAAGCUGAGCGGAUUCUUCCCCGUUUGCAAGUCUUCUUUAGUCUGAACUCCUGCUUCUUUCCUUUGCAGCGAGACUGCUGGUCGCGUUUUUCUACCCAAGCAAUACCUUGUACGGUACCUUCAGCAAAAGCAGACUUUAACCAAUUUGCCGCUAUGUGGAAUAGUUUCAUCACUCGCGCUGUAAUAUUUGUCGUUAAGACCUUGCAAGAUCGCUCGUACUGUGAUACAUUCCACAGAGCGUAUUUGAUGGCAAGACGAGAUAUGCUCCUGGAACAGCUUCGCAAAUGGGAAACUGUCAUCAUCGAAAGACUGGAAGUUGAAACAGACAUGGUUGCUAAAAAUACAACUAGGAUAUUUCACGUUGGACAAAAAGUUGUCUACAUCCUCCUGAACUGUUGUCUUGACCCUAUGGAGACAGAGUACGACAAAUACGAUAACAUCUUUGCUGAUAUCAUGGAGAUGAUGCACGCUGUCGAGCAUACUUCGGGUCCAUCGACGCGAGUCGAGACUGUCUUGGACAUCUACGUUCUGCCUGUCCUCAACUUUGUAUCGCAAAAGUGUAGGAACAAGGCUAUCAGAUUGGACUCUCUGAACCUGUUCGAAAAGAUGACAUCUACCAUGGGCGGCUGGGAGACCAGAGCCAGUUUGUUAGCGCGCAGACGUCUUAUGGCGAUUGAGGAGGAUGGUCGCGAUGAACAGGGUAUUAUCCCUGCAGGCUCUAGAUACAUCUGGACUGAUACAACUUGGGACAAGGACCAGACUUAUCUAAUUGCCUACUUUCACGAGGCUGGGUACAGAACUCUUUGUAACAAGGUGGUCGAGGACAAUGUUUAUUUAGAGGAGCAGGAAUAA